UAGCAAUCACAAUACAUUUGCUAAAGAUAUCCUUUUAGUUUCAGAAAUGAACAUGAGAGAUGGUGAUAAAAAUAGAAAAGGCAAAGAUAAAACACCUCUUUGUAAUAGUAUAAAGCCUAAUGGUUCUGUGUAUAUAAUGAACUAUUUUGAUAAUAAUGGUGUAAAAAGGCUAAAGGAAUUAGAUGUGUUUUUCAAAAACAAGGUUCACCAUUUUGCUUGCUGUUCUCAAUGCUUUAUAAGUGCCUACAAACUUGGACUUUCUAGAAAGGCUGCUAAAUUUGUAGUAAAGAAAUAUUAUUCUCGUCAUCAAGUUUUAGAAAAAGUUUUUGAAAAAUUUGCUCAUUACUAA